CGCCAUUUUUGAAGUACAUUCACAUUAAAGGUUAUAAACCAUGUGGGUCGUCUGCCACUGUGUAGUCGAUAAACAUUAACGUGAAAGUUAUUUCUAUUUUAUCAGGAUGUUGACAACGAAAACAUUUUUCCGUAAAACUAAAAGAGGAAAUAUCCUUAAGAUCGUGAGGGAACAUUAUCUGAGAGAUGAUAUAUGGUGUGGAUCAAAUUUAUGCUCGAAAUGUAAACACAAGAGUAAGGAUUUGGUCCUUGAUGAAGAUCCUGAUUCCAAAAGCUCGCUUUAUCCUGAACCACAUUAUCUAGUUCUCGAUACAAACAUUGUGCUAGAUCAGAUUGAUGUUCUCGAAGAAGAUGCUCUGUGUAAUGUAGUGAUUUUACAAACUGUUCUUGAGGAAAUUCGCCACAGAAGUUCCAAUGUCUAUAAAAAACUAAGGGACAUCAUUGGAGAUCCAAAACGCAAAUUUUAUGUAUUUGUGAAUGAGCAUCACAAGGACACAUACAUUGAACGUGAACCUGGUGAAAAAGUAAAUGACCGUAAUGAUCGGGCAAUAAGAGUUGCUGCAAAUUGGUAUAAAAAGCAUGUGAAUGCAGAUAAGGGUCAACAUGAAGGAAGAAAAGGCAUCAAUAUUGUUUUGCUCACAGACGAUGUGGCAAAUCGAGAAAAGGCAAUUAGGGAAGGCAUCAAUGCAGCAUCAAUGCAGGACUACAUUGCCUCUCUGAGCGAAGCAGGAUUUUUACUAGACAAGAUAUCCAAGCGUAGUUAUGCUCUAGAAGGAGAGAGCAGAACACCACUUUUUCCUCCACAUCUGACACCAGCACAGAUUCACGAUGGUAUAAAAAGUGGGCGUUUGCUACAAGGGAGUUUUCUAGCUUCGAGAGAAAAUGUUUUGGAAGGAAGCGUCAAUGUCGAGGGCAGGGAUAAAUUUAUUUUGCUGCAGGGCAGAACCGCGCUCAAUCGAGCAGUCGAUGGAGAUAUAGUGGCCUUGGAGCUGCUGCCGGAAGAUCAAUGGAGUGCUCCUAGUGAUCUAGUUAUUCAGGACGAGGAAGAAGACCCGGGUGAUUUACUCGAGGAUGAAGAGGAGCUGAAGGCUGCAAAGCCUCGAAAAGCUGUGGAGAGAACCCCGACCGGUGUGGUGGUCGGCAUUAUAAGACGAAAGUGGCGUCAGUACUGUGGGAUUCUACAGCCGAGCGCAUUGAAGGGGAAUGUGCGACACAUGUUUGUGCCAGCGGAGCGAAAAAUUCCUCGAGUCAGAAUAGAGACUCGACAAGCGGAGACCUUGAGCAAGCAGAGAAUAAUCGUGGCUAUAGACUCCUGGCCGCGCAACUCGAGAUAUCCCUUAGGUCACUUCGUCCGUGCCCUAGGUAACGUCGGCGAUAAAGAGACAGAGAAUGAAGUUCUCCUUCUCGAACACGACGUUCCCCACAACAGAUUCUCGGACGCAGUCCUCAGCUUUUUGCCGAAACUACCAUGGGUCAUCACCGACGCGGAUGUCGCGCAAAGAGUUGAUCUCAGGCACAUCGAUGUCUGCUCAGUAGAUCCUCCGGGAUGCACGGACAUCGACGAUGCCCUGCACUGCAGGAAAUUGGAUAACGGAAACUUGGAGAUCGGGGUCCACAUUGCGGACGUAUCGCAUUUUAUUCGCCCCGGUACUGCGCUAGAUAAUGAAGCUGCGCUGAGAGGAACGACGGUGUAUCUGGUCGACAAGAGAAUAGACAUGGUCCCGGAGCUGCUCAGCUCAAAUCUCUGCUCCCUGCGAGGUAACGAGGAGAGAUUCGCGUUUUCCUGUAUAUGGGAAAUGGACGAACACGCGAAUAUAAUUAAUACCAAGUUCCAUAAAAGUAUCAUUCGCUCGAGGCAAGCCAUGACUUACGAAGAAGCCCAACUUAAAAUCGACGACGAAACGCAGCAAGAUGCGAUCGCCCAGUCCCUCAGGGGACUGAAUAGAAUCGCGAAAAUAUUGAAGGCCAAACGAUUCGAGAACGGUGCACUGGUAUUGGCAUCCCCGGAAAUCCGAUUCGAAGUGGAUAGCGAGACUCAUGAUCCGAUAGACGUGCAGGCGAAAAAAAUGAGGGACACGAAUUCAAUGGUAGAAGAAUUCAUGUUGCUCGCCAACACAUCGGUUGCUAAAAAAAUCGUCCAAGAGUUCCCGGAGUGCUCCAUGCUUCGGCGUCAUCCUGAGCCACCCCAGCCAAAUUUCGACCCACUCGUCAAAGCCGGAAAGAAUAGGGGUUUCACGAUAAACACUUCGUCCGGUAAAGAACUAGCGGCAUCUCUAAACGAAGCCUAUACAGACGAAAAUCCAUACUUCAAUACGAUGCUCAGGAUAUUGGCGACGCGAUGUAUGAUGCAGGCGGUUUAUUUUACCAGCGGAAUGUUGCAGCCAGAAGAAUAUUUCCAUUACGGUCUCGCUUGUCCAAUUUACACGCAUUUCACAUCGCCUAUCAGAAGAUACGCGGACAUUAUGGUCCACCGUCUUCUAGCCGUCUGCAUAGGGGCCGACGCUACGUAUCCUGCUUUGCUGGAUAAGAAAAAGAACCACGAGUUAUGCUAUAAUCUCAACUAUCGUAACAGAAUGGCUCAAUACGCCGGUCGAGCUUCUGUCGCUUUGAAUACGCAUCUGUUCUUCCGAGAGAAAGUUCAGAAUGAGGAAGGAUACGUUUUGUUCGUGAGGAAGAACGCUCUUCAAAUUCUUAUACCUAAGUACGGACUCGAGGGGACUUUGUACCUCAGUAAAAAGGGCGAAAACUCUCCCGUGACUUUCGUCUAUGACGAAGAAGACCAGAGCCAGAAAUAUCGCGACAUUGUCUUUCAUUCCUUCGAUCCGGUCGUCGUACAGCUCAGCCUCGACAGGUCCAACGUGCAACACGAAAAGCUCGUCUUCAAACUCGUGAAGCCGGUCAUCCCCGGCUUCAGCGUUCCGGUACUAGAUGAACCGGAACCGAUGGAUGUAGCGUCGGAAGAGGUAUUAUCCCCGAAGCGGAAGAGCGAUCUCCCAUCCGCGGGGGUGGAACUUCCAGCCAAAAAAAAAGGAAAGAAAAAGAGACAGAGGAAAUAAAUAUUAUUCUUACAUGCAUACCCAUCCCCCUUCCGAAAUCUACUAUACCUCUGUAAAUUUUGGAGAUAAUUUUUUAUGAAAAAUAAAAAAUUAAUUUGAAA